AUGUACCUGGGCAUGAAACAUAUACCAUUUACCUGUCGACGAAUUUGUAUUUUCUACCUUGAAAACAUUGAAGCUGAAAAAAUUUUGGAUAGGAAUGAGCGUUUCAUAAACGGUCUUAUUUGGGCGAUUAUCCUUCAGUUGAUGAACUUCAGUGCAUCGAAUCCUAAUGGUCAUACUAGAAAUCUUAAUAACGCUUUUGGUGUUGCUGAGGGAAAAUUGGAAAUUCCAGCUUGUUAUUUCGCUAUUCCAUCUUUGGAACUUCUGGAAGAAACACUCUCGAUAUGUCCUCUUAAAGUUAAAGAUGUUGAUGCAACUCGUCCAGGUGAGAAUUCAGUCAUCACUUACGUAUCACUGUGUUAUCAUUACUUCGAAAAAGGAAAGCCGGAGUUGACAGGAGCUCGUCGAGUGGCCAACGAGGGCCGUUCUGUUAGGUCGCCACAUGCGUUUGACGUAGCUAGAGCUGAAGGCGACGAUCGAUGCCGUACAAGCACUAGAGAUCGCUGA